CUUAAUAUGAUACUCGAACCAAAGAUCUAAGCAAAAUCACAUUUUUCCAAUCAAUUCUAAAAUCGCCAUUUUCAUUAUAUUCAAUUUUCCCAAAGGUCUAGGAUUUUCUCGAAAUAGUUUCUAUAAUAAUCAUGUAGGCUUCAUAUACCUACUUGAUGCAAGAGUUAUUUGAAAAAUAAUUUUGUCUGAGGGCGUAUAUAGUGGGGUUUAUAAAGAUUGAAACAUGUGGUAACAAGGGUUCAUUCGAUGUAUCAAGUGAUAAUUGGCUACACGUAUUCAGAAGGUGUGGUACUGACAUAAUUUCGGAGUUACCUACUGUAUAAUUUCAUGAAUGAAAAAUGUGACUUCGUGAGAAUUGUAUAAAGUUGUGCCAAAAUAAAAGGUUUGCCAUAAGAUCUCAAAUUUGGACAUGGAAGUGUAUACAAUUCAAGGUUUUGACAACAUUGAACCAAUCUCUACCAAUGUGGCGUUUUCGAAAAAUAUAAAGCAGCAGGCCAAAACUCGAACAGAAAAAUGGUACCAUGUCAUCAUUCAAGUAUCUAUACCUUUUCUAAUUGCUGGGGUUGGUACAACCGCAGCUGGAUUAGUUAUGGCCUACGUUUCAAAACAAGCAGUUUUCCAAGAGGUGAAGACUUUAUUCAUCUUGGUUCCUGCCCUUCUGGGUUUGAAAGGAAAUUUAGAUAUGUGCCUUGCAUCAAGGCUAUCUACACAAGCUAAUUUGGGACAUAUGAAGAGUAAAAACGAUAUGUUGAAGAUGAUCUUCGGAAAUGUUCUGCUGGUUCAAAUCCAAGCGAUAGUAGCUUCGUGCAUAGCUUCUAUAUAUGCAAUAGCAGCAUCAGCUGUGAUCAAAAAUACUUUUAGUUGGUCUUAUACGUUACUAGUCAUAACAUCCAGUGUCCUAUCAGCAACAAUAUCAUGUUUUGUUUUAGAUUUGGCAUUGAUCGUUAUGAUCCUAUUUUCUCGAAAAAUCAAUUGGAAUCCGGAUAAUUUGGCAACACCUAUGGCAGCUAGUAUCGGAGAUGUAGUCUCAUUGAUAGUUUUUUCAAUAUUUGCCAACUAUCUUUUCGAUUUACUAGAUGAUUUCGCCUGGGCAAUAGGUCUGAUUCUUGCAAUGUAUUUAGUGGUAUUAUUGCCUGUAUCUGGGGGUAUGAUUCUGGACCUGGCAGUGGAUGUAUUUAACGGUUACGCAAUAUUCCAACCAAUCAUAAACGGUAUUGGUGGAAAUCUGGUCUCGGUACAUGCCAGUCGUACCUCAACAAUGUUACACAAAACCUCAAUAUUCGGAAUGAUACCGACCAAUACGAAAAUAUUUGCAGGGCCAUGGUCUGCCUUAAUCAAAGGAGUGUACCCAGCGAAAACUGCCAGACUUCUGAUCCUGAUCUCACUUCCCGGACAUACUCUCUUCGUAUUCGCUGCUGACGCCAUUUACAACGGGAGCUCGACUGUUUCUGCGGUCUUCGUUCUCACCUAUCUCAGUGUGGGACUCAUCCAGAUCAUGAUUCUACUCUACGUAUGCCACAUCAUGGUGCACUUGAUGUGGAAGAAUGAAAUCGAUCCAGAUAAUUCCGCAAUACCCUACUUGACGGCUUUCGGGGAUUUAUUGGGAUCAGCUUUAUUGCUACUCGGUUUUCAGUUCUUGAGAUCGGUGCACAGGGAAUAUCAAACAGUCCAUUAGCUGAUUA